AAUAAAUUUCACGGUUAUUAUCCUUUGUCCAGGGAUAACUAGGUUCGCGUAAGCGGUCCGGGUCAUUUGCUACAGAAAACUUGAUCAAACGUGACAAAUAACUUGUGGAUUUAGCCGGUGUAUGUGUAUUGCUACGUUUGGUGUGUUUUGUGAUUCCCGCAUAGCCGUUCGAGCAUGAAUAAUAAAGAAGUAGCCGGUGAUAGCGUCGCGUGUCCACUGGGAGAGGGCUGGUGAUCGGGCGGGGUGUUGGCGUGUGAUGGUGGUGAGUUUGCGGUGACGGCUCGCCGCGGCGCGGUUGGAUGGCGGCCGUUAGUGGCCCCGCGCGGCACUCUCGCGUCUCCAUGAGCGUGUCCAUGUCGCUGAUGCAGGGCGGUACGCAGAGCGCGCCGCAGGGCGCCAUCCUGGCGGCGGCGGCGCCCUACUACCAGACGCAGGCCAUCCCCACGGAUGUGCAGCCCGACCGCCCCAUCGGCUAUGGCGCCUUCGGAGUCGUAUGGGCAGUGACAGACCCGCGCGACGGGCGACGGGUGGCGCUCAAAAAGCUGCCCAACGUGUUCCAGUCGCUCGUGUCCUCCAAGCGCGUCUUCCGCGAGCUCAAGAUGCUGUGCUUCUUCAAACAUGAAAACGUCCUUUCGGCGUUAGAUAUCCUUCAGCCGCCAAGCCUCGACUUCUUCCAGGAAAUUUACGUCAUCACGGAGCUACUACAAAGCGACCUGCACAAGAUCAUCGUUUCACCGCAGCACCUCUCCGCCGAUCACAUCAAAGUCUUCCUCUAUCAGAUUCUCAGAGGUCUAAAGUAUCUACACUCAGCCCGUAUCUUGCACCGCGAUAUUAAACCCGGCAAUCUUCUGGUGAACAGCAACUGUGUGCUCAAGAUCUGCGAUUUCGGCCUGGCCAGAGUCGAGGAACCGGAUACGAAUAAAAACAUGACGCAAGAGGUCGUCACGCAAUAUUAUAGAGCACCGGAAAUCCUGAUGGGCGCAAACCACUACACAGCGGCAGUGGACGUGUGGUCAGUAGGCUGCAUAUUUGGCGAGCUGCUGGGCCGACGGAUCCUCUUCCAGGCGCAGAGUCCUGUCCAACAGCUGGAGCUAAUAACGGAGCUUCUGGGCACACCGUCACUAGAAGACAUGCGGCAUGCAUGCGCCGGCGCCCGCGCGCAUAUGCUGCGGCGCGCGCCCCGCCCGCCCGCGCUCGCUGCGCUCUACACGCUCUCCGUGCAAGCCACGCACGAGGCCGUACAUUUGCUCGCGCAGAUGUUAGUAUUCGAUCCGGCGAAGCGCAUCUCUGUAGUGGACGCACUGGCCCACCCGUACCUCGAGGAAGGCCGCCUGCGCUACCAUUCAUGCAUGUGCAAGUGCUGCUACAGCGCGCCGGGCGGCGUGGGCGGCGUCGGCGUGGGGGGCGGGCCUGCGCCCGCGCGCCACUACUCGCCCGACCUCGAGCCCGUCGCGACGCAUCCCUUCCAUGACGCCUGGGAGAGGAAGCUCACGUCUGUACAUCAGGUCAAAGAGGAGAUCCACAAAUUCAUAGCGGAACAGCUCCAAACCUCACGCGUCCCUCUCUGCAUCAACCCGCAGUCCGCCGCGUUCAAGAGCUUCGCAAGGUAAGGCGCAGCCGCAACCGCCACCAACAACCAACCGACACUAGUUCCACCGUGGCGCACCCGUCGGAGCUGCCGCCGUCGCCGCACCAAUGGGAAUGACGUGAGUCGCGCCGCGGCCAAGACAGGCGGCGCGCGAAUUUCAACGACACGCGUUAACUCGCCGCGAUGCACGUUGCUACACACAUCGACAUUUACUGCUUUAUGAUCUCUCGACAGUUCGUUCGACGCAAUUAAUACCUUGUGUCAUCGACAUAAAGAUCACUGAAAUAUUUACUCUGUAUCAAGCCACAGUCAAGUAUGUAUUUUUAAACAAAAUUUACAUUUAAACUGUUCAUGGUCGUUGCUUUGAUUAUGUGAACCAACCAGCUUAUCGUACGCAAAAUCACGUUGAUUUUAAAAUUUGAUAUAAAGUCCAUCGACAUUAAAACUGCUCAAAUAUCUACCUACUCAAGAAAAGAAUAAUACUAAUCAAAUUGUGUACUUUUUAAAUUGUGAAUAUAUUAAAAACAUUCCUCUUCUUUUUGCUUUUGAGGCGAACUUUUUGAAUUUCGCCAGUAUCGAGAUAUAGUGUGAGGAAGCACACGCUUUUAGAAUGGCUCAUGAUUUCACAGAUGACCAGGGCUUUCAGAACUUUUCGAUAUUUUAACCGAAUCGUUCCAUUGUAUAUCGUUCUCGAAGCGAAGGGCGCUUUCCAAGUUAUUCAGAACAUCUAAGUUAAACGUUCGGUUCGGAUUCGGAUACGAUAUCGUUAUCCAACAGCGUUUACAGAGUUAGUCCGUGAAAUAGAUUAUAAGAGAAAUUAA